GGAUAAACAUGGCGUCAGGGAAGUUACUGAGAGUUUUUUUUCUCCUGAACUGUUUCUCGAGUUUCGUCUCUUGUCUGUUCUUUCACAUCGGAGACACCGAGAGGAAAUGUUUCAUACAGGAGUUACCGGACGACACGCCGCUUAUCGGUAACUAUCGGACGGAGCUGUACGACACACAGAGGGACGAGUACCUGCCGACCCCUCAGGACCACAGGAUACAUGUUUCGGUCAAAGAUCCUGAUGACCAGGUGGUUUUGUCUCGUCCUCUCCCCUCAGAGGGAACCUUCAGAUUUACAUCACACACACCAGGAGAGCACCAGAUCUGCCUGCAGCCAGACUCCUCGCAGCCUGCUGGAGGCCUGUUGACUGUUCACCUGGACAUCAGAGUGGGCGAAGGCACGUACAGCUACCCUGAGUUGGCUGUUAAAGACAAACUGACGCAGCUGGCGCUGAGAGUCCGUCAGUUGAUAGAGCAGGUCGAAGACAUCAAGAGAGGAUGCUACUACCACAGGUACAAGGAGGAACAUUUCCGUCUGACCAACUACAACACCAACAUGUGGAUCUUCUGGUGGCCCGUUAUCCGCUCUCUCUACGUGGUCCUCUUCAUCAUCUGGCACACCAAGUCCUGGUGAAGUCAAACGUCUUCAGUAGCCGUUGGAUCUAUGAGGAGAAAAUAAAAACAAUCAAAGUUAUGACCUUGAAUAUUUCUGGAUGUUGAAGUUUAAUCAAAGAUUUUAAAUGUACUGAGAACCCGACACAUCAGAGGCCCGUAGGACCGAG